UAAGAGGAGCGAUAGCACAAAUUGUCCGUAAACUAGUGUUUUGUCUUCUCAGUCAAAAUCAGAACCAGAACUUCCAUAGAUAAACAAAUGGCAACCUCAAGCAAUGAAGAAGACUAUCAUCUCCAGUAUGCCAUGCAACUUGCAAGUGCAUCAACUCUGCCUAUGGUUUUCAAAGCAGUAAUUGAGCUAGGAGUUCUGGAGAUCAUAGAAAAAGCUGGCCCUGGUGCCUUGCUCUCAGCCUCACAGAUUACCUCUCAACUUCCCACUCAAACCAACCCUGAUGCCCCUACUGUACUAGACCGUAUCCUGUGCCUUCUUGCUAGCCAUUCUAUUCUGACUUGUUCUCUAGCCACCGAGAAUCAAGAUAGUGAUCAAGUUCAAAGGUUAUAUGGAUUGGCACCAGUAGCCAAAUACUUUAUCAAGAAGGAAGAUGGAGGGUCCUUGAGUCCCUAUUUUCUUGUUAUUCAAGAUAAAGUCACAGUGGAUCUCUGGUACCACUUAAAAGAUGUUAUUCUUCAAGGAGGGUUUCUAUUUCAGAAGGCUUAUGGGAUGAGUUCUAUGGAGUAUGUGAAAAAGGAUCCAAGAUUUGGUGAAGUAUUCAGUGGCUUUGUUAGAGGUUUCAACCCUUUAUUUAUGAAGAGGAUUUUGGACAUAUAUGAUGGCUUUGAAGGUCUAACAUCCUUGGUGGAUGUUGGUGGUGGUAAUGGUUCUGUCCUUAAUAUGAUCAUCUCAAAGUAUCCUGCUAUUAAGGGCAUCAACUUUGAUUUGGCUCCAGUUAUAGAAAACUCACCAUCCUAUCCAGGUAUUGAGCAUGUUGCAGGAGAUGUAUUCUUAACCAUUCCUAAAGGAGAAGCCAUUUUCAUGAAGUGGGUAUCCCAUUUCUGGAACGAUGAGAACUUCUUGAAAGUACUAAAGAAUUGCUAUGAAGCUUUACCGGACAACGGAAAGUUGAUAGUAGUGGAAAUGGUAAUUCCUGAAAGCCCCGGUACCAGUGUUGCAGAUAGAAGUUUGCUGCAGAAUUAUUUAUUCGUGACAAGCAUGAAUCCGAAGAGAAAUGAAAGGACAGAAAAAGAAUUUGAACGUUUGGCCAAAGCAGCAGGGUUUUCUCAUUUUCGAGUUGCCUGUUCCGUCUGUUCUUUCUCAGUUGUUGAGUUCAUUAAAAAGAAGGCAACUGCUAGUACUGCUGCUAUAGCAGCGAAGUGAACUGCUAAAGUUGUUACAGUUGAGUAGCCGAUAUAUAUGACGUGUAUCAAUAAGCCCAGUCGCUGACUGUCCUUUUCAUUUUAUAAAUUUUUAUUAUAUUUA